AUGUUCGAUAUCAAGACUAUUUUUAUCUUCAUCUUGGUCGUCUUAAGCUUACCAAUUGGUAGUAAAAGUGGGUUUGAGUAAUUUUACAGGUAAAUUAAUUGUUUCAGCGUUGAUUAGCGAGUCCUUAUUUUUUCAAAUUGACCAUCCAGAAUCUCUUCAAUAUGCCUAUGAGUUCUUGCCAUCCUAUCAAAUUGGAGUGAGGUUUCCAUCGCGAACUUCCGAGGUAAGUCUUUUGUUUUGUGUUCUUCUUGGAUUUAGGUCUCUUCAGCCAUCAUUUUUCUUCAAAUCCAAACAGUUAUCGCGAUAUUACACUUGACAUCCAUACCUAAUUUGAUAAAUUUUUAUUUCAGAUGUAUAUGAUCCUCGCGGAUCCGAUUGAAGCUUGCGAGCCGUUGAAGAAUGACCUGGACGUGGCGGAUAACGUGGUCCUGGUUGAACGAGGGACCUGUUCCUUUGUUGACAAAGCUUUGAAUGUCGAGAGGGCAGGUGGAAAGAUUAUCAUGAUCACGGACUCAAAAAAUGGAACAGAAGGCUUUAUCGACAUGAUCAAAGAUGAAACGGGAACAACUUCACAUAUUCCUGCUGGUUAUUUGCCAGGAAACAAUGGGCAAGUUACUUUUUUUAUUUGUUUUUUGGUUUAGGUAUCAUGGAUAAGAUGAGGUCAGUUGAGUGUCUAAAUCAACUUGGAAUCUAUGAUACAGUGUCUGGAAUGGCUUUCUCAGCUAUUUGCGAUCAAUUUUAACUUUAUUUUUCAGUCGAAGAAUGCGUGAGUACCUGAACUAUGAAGGUGACUACAUCAAGAUCAGAAUUCCUUUCAAUUACACGACCAAACGGUUCCGCGAGAACCUAAACAAGCCUCCAUGGGAGCUGUGGUAG